AUGAAAAAUUUUAAUUAUUAUUUUAAUUUGGUUGCAAAUGGAUAUUUUUUAAAAGAUGUAUCAGAACCUAAAAAUAUAUACAAAUCAUAUCCUUCACCUGCACCUACACAGGUUUGUUCUUUUAAUAUAGAUAUUUAUUGUAAAGAAAAUGCUAGCAGUGGAGAGUCUUGUGGAAACGUUGUUGUUAUGGAUAGUUUUGAUGGUACAGUUGUGGGUAUAACACUAAAAUACGAAAUGGGGGAACAAAAUGUCUAUCAAUACAAUAUAGUUACAGAAAAGAGCCAACCAUUUCAAUUGGGUGUAGGGACUAAUGUCUUAUUUUCUGUUGAUUUAGAAUGCACAGAGCCCGAUGUUUCAAAAAUUACUUUAAAUUUUAUUAGCAAAAGAUAUCUAUUAACUCCAUAUGGUACUAAAAGAAAGGUAUAUGGGGAGUAUGAAUUGAUGGGACUGGACCCAGAAUAUAAAAUUGAUGAUAUCGCAAUUGGGUCGAAUUUACUGUCAGAUAUUUGUUCAUUUGGUGUAAAAACAUUAAGAACUACAUUAAAAAAUAUUUUUUUACAAUGCAUGGAAAUUCCAUUUGAUUUAACAGAAAUCCAACUUCAAAUUUCAUCAGGUAGUCAAUCUAAAAAUUUUAAUAUAGAGCCCAUUCAAAAAGAUUUUACUGAAUAUUCAGUUUAUAAUAUUACACAAUUUCCACCAUUAGAAUAUUCGCAAGGAAUAGAUUUAUUAGGUUAUUAUCAAAAUCCAGUGCUUUCAUUUCAAGCAAACACAACUAUGAACGGUGCGUGUUUUGGGAUAUCAGUAAAUAAUAUAACAGUCAAACACCCUCUUUUUUUUCCAAUUUACGGAAAUGAAAAAGAAACCACAUAUUUGUUUUCAAUGGAUGGUUAUGAAGAUACAGUAUAUAAUCUAUUUUACUACAGUAAUUCUAAAUAUUUGGAGGCAAGAGCAUCUCAACAAAUAAAAUCUAAUUCAAAACAAUUUCCAAUUAAUGAAAUUAUAACUACACCAUUAUAUAAUCUUGAAACUUUUUUAAAAUUCAGGUUUACCGAAAAUAAAAAUUAUUACUUUAAUACAUUAGUUUAUGAUUUAAGUAGUUUAAGAUCUACCACAAAAUUUCCAUUUGGAUAUAUAAAAGGUAAUUCAAAUGGGUACACAUUCGAAAUUUCCAGUGUGGUAAGAGAGAGUUAUUUCGGCUCUUCAUAUUAUAGUCUUAAACCAGUCAUUGAAUCUCUUUUACCCCAAAGCCAUGAAUUCUUACCAAAAAAUACAAGUCCUUAUGACAUCACACAAUCUCCCUCAGUUUAUGAUAGCCAAGUCUUUUAUUUAGAUCGUGGUAUUUAUUUAAUAAAAUUAUUCAUCAAAACCCCAUAUGGCUUUAGCUUUUUUAAAGAUGAAAACAAUCAAAUAAUUGGUUCAGAAUCAUUUAUAGGUGGAAAUUCAACAGAAGGUGUUUAUGAACUUAAAAAUUUUGAAAGUUUUGAAAUUGCCGAUCAGCCUUUGUUCUAUUCAAGCUAUUCAAGAGUUGAAAGCAGUAUUCUAUAUAUUAAAGACGAAAAUGCAAUAAGAAAUUAUCAAACAACUAUUCAAAAUUUUGAUAUCCUCAAAAUACAAGAUGUAUCAUUUUUAUACAACGACUUGGACAUAACCAAUCAUAGAUGCUACAAUGUUUUUUAUUUUAAUUAUAGCGAUAUUGUACCAAGAGAUACUAUUUUUAAAAUGAAAGCAAUAGAGACCACUUAUAACAAUUACUAUCCAAAUACUUUUGUUUCAGCCUGGAAUGAAACAAAAAAAUCAUUUCAAAUAGAGUUUUUUGUUGAUUCAAAUACUGAAAUAGGUGAAUAUCAAUUUACAAUACAAUCUAAUUUACAAAUAUUAUAUAAUAAUCAUUUACCAAUCCAACUAAAUAUUAAAAAGACAAGAAUGGAUUAUCAGGGACCAAUAUUUAGUAACAUUAAAAAAAUACCAGAAAUUUCUGCAAAUAGUCAAAGUAUUAUAUUUGGAUGGACUUUAACAAUAGAAGACCCAAUCAAUGGUUUUGAUCAUGGUUUUAUUGUGGUAAAGGGCGAAAGUGACCAAUCUACCUAUAAUUUCUCAUUAACUACUAUGGAUGUAAAGAAAAAUGGCAACAUUUAUUUAGGUGAAUAUGAUAUCAAACUCAAUGUAUCGAGUACUUGUGUUACCCAAAACUAUGUAAUUAGCGAAGUAAAAUUGCUGGAUAGAAUGAAAAGGUUCUCUUAUUUUGCAAUUCUCCCUCUUGAAAACUAUAAAAUACCAAAUAUUGCAAUCCUAAAUCCAUUUAUAAAAUUUAUUCAAGAAAGAAAUAUCAAUAAAUAUCAGUUGCAAUGUACAAUUUCAAAAAUCGAUUCAGAUCCACCAAUUUUAACCCAAUUUAUUGUCCCUCAAACUGAAAUAGAUGUUAGUAGUUUAACAAGGGUUCUAAAUUUUGAAUUUUCUGUAACUGAUCAAGAUAGUGGUAUCAAAGAUUAUCAAUAUCCAAUUGUAUAUAUAAGCAAUACAAACAAUCAAAUUUUAGAAUGUAAAUCAAAUAUAACAUCCAUAGAUUCUUUUUCAGCUUCCUAUUCAUGUUCUAUACAACUACCUUUAGGUUUUGGAUAUCCUGGUAUUUUAUUAUUCUCAGUGUAUGGUUUCAUCAAUAAUGGUGGCUCAUAUAGUGGCUACUCAUCAGAUAUGUUACAAUCAAAUGGGUUCACAAACAGUAUCAAUACACUAUUCAAUACCAUAGAUCCAAUACUUACCGGUCAUAUGUUAAUAACAGAAAAAGGUGGUGAUUUAUGGCUUUAUGGAAGAGGUUUAAAUACAACAAUCUCAGUAUUUAUUUUAUAUAGCGAUGAUUCAAAUUUUUCAACACAACCAAAAAAAAAAUACUCAACAGCAAUCUUAGUUCAAGGAAUACGACCUACAACUGAACCAUUUGAAGUUUAUAUAGAAAUAAUCCCAAGUUACGGUGCCCUAUCUACCAUAUCAAAUAAAAUAAUAAUUACACCAACUCUUUAUGAUUAUUUUUUAGAUGAUUGUAAUAACAAUGGUAUCUUAAUUAAUUAUAUGGAGUGCAAAUGUAAUAGUAAAUGGACAACAAAAGAUAUUAAAAGCCAAUGUACAAUACCAAAUCAUUAUAUAUCAUCGUCAACACAAGUAUCACAUCUAACUGGUGGUGAAAUUACAUUAUAUGGUUGGUUUGGAGGAAAAAAUAGUAAUCCAAAACUUUAUAUUGACAACAAAGAAAUUAAAAUGACAUCUACAGCUAUUUCAUCAGACUCAUUCAAGGUAACCAUCGGUCCAGGUAGUGUAGGUCCAAUUCAAGUCAACUAUACUCAAAAUAGUAUCUUAUGGAGCGGUAUUAUAUAUCCAUAUUUAGUUAUUGAAAAACAAUGUCCAUUAAAAUGUGAAGAACAUGGCACAUGCAACAAAGUAACAGGUACAUGCAGUUGUAAUUCAGGCUAUACAGGUUUCGAUUGUUCAUCACCAAUAAAUAACAACAAUAACGGAACUGAAACACAUGUGGAUAAUAAUGGUACAACAAUUAUUAAGAAUCAAGAUAUAGGAUAUUCAAUUUCAAUCGAUUCAAUUAUCGAAUUAGACUUUGCAGGUAAUUCAAUAUCAACACUAAAUCUCACAAACAAUUGGAUAUUUGUAAAUAAAGUUGGAACAGUCACAACAUUCAAUCAAACCAGAGAUAAUGAAGAUAAAACACAGGCAUUAGUAAUAUUAGCUAUCGAAGAGGUUAACGAUAGAGACAAAGAUUUUACAUUUGCAGGUAAUGAAUUUACAGUAACCAAAGGAGGUCUCAAAAUGUCACUAUCAGUUUCUAAUUGGUUAUACAAGAGCAAUUUAAAUACACUGCAAGUACAAAUGUCAUCUGAAAUAUCUGAUAUUCAAUCUAAUAACUGUUACAAAGAUGAAAGAACUUCAACUAUAGAAUCACAAUCAAAUAAUAAUAAUUUAAUAGAUAAUAUUAAUUAUUUAAAAAUCACCAAAAAUGGAAAUAUAUUAUAUUCAAGAUUCCAAGAUAAAAUGCUAUCAGACAAAAGACCAACAACAGUAACAGCUAAAAUAUUAUCAAAAGACAAAACAUCAGUAAAAAUUGCACUAAACCUACCACAUUGCGAUGAAUGCUUAAUCGAUCCCGACUUUUCAUUAUUGAUCACAUCAGAUUAUAAAACUGACUGUAAAUCAUCAAAGAAAUGGGUAAUCGCAGUGGCCGUAGUUUGUGGCGUUGUAGGUUUGGCUAUAGUUUCAAUUUCCCUAUAUCUAAUUUAUAAAAAGAGUACAUUUUUAAAAAUCAAAGUUUAUGCAUUUAGAAAAUAUUUACAAAAUAAUAACAAUUAA